AUGGGGGUGAAAAAUAGCAUGUUUCGUUAUGCAGAUGGCAUAGACAUGAUAUUGAUGCUGUUUGGGACUUUGGGAAGUAUGGGAGAUGGCUUGCAGAAUCCUCUCAUGAUGUACAUUCUUAGUGAUGUUAUCAAUUCUUAUGGAAUUCCCAAUGGCACUCUCACUAAUGAUGAUGUAGACAAGUUUGCACUCAGACUUCUAUAUGCUGCAAUUGGAGUUGGACUUUCUGCCUUUGUUGAAGGAGUUUGUUGGACAAGAACUGCAGAGAGGCAGACUUCUAAGAUGAGAACAGAAUAUUUGAAAUCUGUCCUCAGACAAGAAGUUAGUUUUUUUGACACCCAAACUGCUGGUUCUUCAACAACUUCCCAAGUUGUCUCAAUCAUCUCCUCUGAUGCAAAUGCUGUCCAAGUUGCUCUAUGUGAAAAGAUCCCGAACUGCCUAGCUUACAUGUCAACCUUCCUUUUCUGCCACAUAUUUGCCUUCAAGCUCUCAUGGAGGCUCACAUUAGCAGCCAUACCACUUUCAAUCAUGUUCAUCGCACCGGGGCUGUUCUUUGGGAAGAUCAUGAUGGGCUUUGUCAUGAAAUCAAUUGAAGCUUAUGGAGUUGCCGGUGGGAUAGCCGAGCAAGCGCUUUCUUCGAUAAGAACCGUAUUCUCGUACGUAGGAGAGAAUCAAACACUCAAUAGGUUCAGCUCUGCACUUCAAAAGGUUCUGGAAUUUGGAAUAAAGCUUGGUCUCACCAAGGGACUGAUGCUGGGAACCAUGGGAGUGAUUUACAUUGGCUGGGGCUUCCAGGCUUGGGUUGGGACGUAUUUGGUGACUCAAAAAGGCGAAGAGGGUGGCCAUGUUUUUAUAGCUGGGUUCAACGUUCUUAUGGGAGGCUUGAGUAUAUUAAGUGCCCUACCAAAUUUAACAGGCAUCACAGAGGCGUUAGCAGCCACUACUCGGAUUCUUGAAAUGAUUGAUCGAGUACCGGCUAUUGACUCCGAAGAAAGGAAAGGGAAGGCCCUAUCAUAUGUCAGAGGAGAAGUGGAAUUCAAGAACAUUCAUUUCAGCUAUCCAUCAAGACCGGAUACACCAGUCUUGCAAGGUUUAAGCCUGAACGUUCCAGCCGGUAAGAAGGUCGGCCUUGUUGGGGGUAGUGGCUCUGGAAAGUCCACAAUCAUUGCAUUGCUUGAGAGGUUUUAUGACCCCAUAGAAGGAGAAAUACGCUUGGAUGGAUACAGAAUAACAAGGCUGCAGCUAAAAUGGUUGAGAUCCCAAAUGGGGCUUGUUAAUCAGGAACCGGUUUUAUUCGCAACAUCGAUAAAAGAGAACAUACUUUUGGGCAAGGAAGGGGCUUCAAUGGAACAGGUGAUAAUUGCUGCUAAAGCUGCAAAUGCACACGAUUUCAUCGUCAAGUUGCCGGACGGAUACGAAACUCAAGUUGGCCAAUUCGGGCUUCAAAUGUCCGGUGGACAAAAGCAGCGAAUUGCCAUUGCACGAGCUCUCUUGAGGGAUCCAAAGAUUCUACUGCUUGAUGAAGCCACUAGUGCACUGGACGCGCAAGCUGAAAGAGUAGUAGAAGAGGCCAUUGAUCAAGCAUCAAAAGGAAGAACAACAAUUAUCAUAGCUCACCGCCUGUCCACAAUCCGAGCAGCAAACACAAUUGUGGUUCUUCAGUCGGGGAAAGUAGUCGAAUCAGGCACACACAAUGAGUUGAUGCAGCUGAACGGAGGCCAGCAUGGUGAAUAUGCCAAGAUGGUGCGGUUACAACAAAUGGUAGCACAAAAUGAGGCUCAAAACGAGUCGAGUACUGAAAUAGAGGACAUACCUCGACGUAGGAGGAGUGUCUCACCAAGUCCUCAUAGAAGUCCUUACAGUAUCAGAUCAAGCGCUCCAGGCACUCCCGCACUAUACGCCUUCAGCACAGCAAUGUCUGUCUCCAUGGGGACACCCUACUCGUACUCUAUUCAAUAUGAUCCCUCUUACGAAAGUGAUGAAGAAUACUCGGGAUACUCAACUCAGCCGGCUCCUUCUCAAUGGCGGCUGUUGAAACUGAACUCACCUGAGUGGGGACAAGUGUUACUUGGAUGCUUGGGGGCGAUUGGCUCGGGGGCAGUACAGCCUAUAAAUGCCUACUGUGUUGGAUCACUGAUAUCAAUAUACUUUCUCAAGGAUGAGUCUGAAAUUAAGUCCAAAUCUAGAGUUUUGUCCCUCAUGUUCUUAGGCAUUGGAAUCUUCAACUUUUUCACAAACACCCUGCAACACUACAACUUUGCGGUCAUGGGAGAAAAGUUGACGAAAAGAGUGAGGGAGAAACUGCUUGAGAAGUUAAUGACAUUUGAGAUCGGAUAUUUUGAUCAAGAUGAGAACACAAGUGCAGCCAUUUGUGCAAGGUUAGCCACCGAAGCCAACAUGGUAAGAUCCCUCGUCGGAGACAGGAUGUCGCUGCUUGUCCAAGCGUUUUUCGGUGCUGCCUUUGCUUAUGGGCUUGGUCUCUUUCUCACAUGGAGGCUAACCCUCGUGAUGAUAGCAGUGCAACCACUAGUCAUCGGAAGCUUUUACGCAAGAAGUGUCUUGAUGAAGAGUAUGGCUGAAAAAGCCCGAAAAGCUCAAAAGGAAGGAAGUCAGUUGGCAAGUGAAGCUGUCAUUAACCACAGGACUAUCACCGCAUUUUCUUCUCAGAAAAAGAUGUUGGGGCUCUUCGGUGCCACCUUGAGAGGUCCCAAGAAGGAGAGCAUUAAGCAGUCCUAUGUCUCGGGUUUCGGAUUGUUUAGCUCACAAUUCUUCAACACAGCUGCUACAGCUUUAGCUUACUGGUAUGGUGGGAGGUUACUGGUGCAAGAGAUGAUUACUCCAAAGCACCUUUUUCAAGCAUUUUUGAUAUUGCUUUUCACUGCUUAUAUCAUUGCAGAAGCUGGAAGCAUGACUUCUGAUAUAUCAAAAGGAAGCAGUGCCAUUCAAUCUGUUUUUGCAAUUUUGGAUAGGAAAAGUGAGAUUGACCCGGAUAACAAAAUGGGGCUUGACUUCAAGAAGAGGAUAAAGGGUCGCGUCGAGUUUAAAAAUGUCUUCUUUUCAUAUCCAACUAGACCUGAGCAGAUGAUCCUCAAGGGACUAAGUCUUAGAAUCGAAGCAGGCAGAACAGUUGCAUUAGUAGGCCAGAGUGGCUCCGGAAAAUCUACCAUUGCUGGACUUAUCGAGAGGUUUUACGAUCCUUUGAGGGGAUCGGUACACAUAGAUGAACAAGAUAUUAAGAACUACAAUUUAAGAGCUUUGAGAUCCCAUAUUGCACUAGUGAGUCAGGAGCCUACACUUUUUGCUGGAACUAUCCGCGAAAACAUCACUUACGGGACAGAGAAGGCUUCAGAAUCCGAGAUACGAAAGGCCUCAAAACUUGCUAAUGCUCAUGAAUUCAUAAGUGGAAUGAAAGAUGGUUACGGCACAUACUGUGGGGAGAGAGGAGUUCAGCUAUCAGGAGGCCAGAAACAAAGGAUUGCGCUUGCUCGGGCGAUACUCAAGAACCCGUCAAUCCUCCUCCUGGAUGAGGCCACAAGUGCCCUUGACAGUGUGUCCGAAAACUUGGUCCAAGAAGCUCUCGAAAAGAUGAUGGUCGGAAGAACCUGCGUCGUCAUCGCUCACCGACUGUCCACCAUACAGAAGUCAAACUCCAUUGCUGUCAUCAAGAAUGGUAGAGUUACAGAACAAGGCUCACACAAUGAAUUGAUCUCUUUAGGGCGUAAUGGUGCAUACUAUUCUCUCAUAAAGCUACAAACCGGUGCAUCACCUCCUCAAUAAAACCGCAGAAUUUCGGAGACUACUAAAAGGUUAAAAAAAAAGAAAGGGAAUGUUUUGAAUUACUAGUAGG